UGAAACUCCGAAAUUGGUAUUUUUACGGUUAGAAUUUUGGUGAAGAAGAAGUCUGUUGUUGUUCUUCCUGUUCGAAUUAGAGACGCUCGAACACUAACAAGUUUAGGUCGACCGAUCAUAGGUAACAAUGUUUUCCUUGCUCUUUCUUUUAGUUCCUUCGUUUAAUUUGAAGCUUGAUUUGCUUUGAUUUCAUCUUGUAGUGUAAGAGUUUUGGGGAAGAAGAAGAUCAUUUGCGGUUACUCCUGUACGUGCUUCAAGAGGUCGACCACUUGAAAGGUGAGGUCAACCGAAUUUAGCUAUCGCCGUCGUCUUUUCUAUUUUGUACUUUGCUCCGUUUAAUUUUAUCUUUUCUUUGCGUGCACAAGAACAUGCGGUCGACCUUCUUUCAAUCAGGUCGACCUCUGUUUGACAAUUGCGAGAACCUGAAUUAAUGACUUCUGGCUUUGUUCAUCAAUUAGUAAUAUUCUGCUAGUUAGGCGACCACGGAAGAGCAUAGGUCGACCUAAUUGGUUUCAGGUCGAUCUAAUGAUAUUUUCGGUCGACCACGUCUCUGUUCUUAGUGUAUUAGGUCGACCGCAGCUAGUAAUAGGUUGACCGAAAAUUGCAAGUUAUGGUGACUUGCAAGGCACCAUAGGCGCACCCGGGGUUGUAUUACAAACGAAUAAAUACAAACCAUAAUAUAAAGUAUACAAACUAGGAAAAAAAAACUUUAAAAAUUACAAUGUUUUAUAAAUUAGUGAUAUAAACAUUACGAAUCUGAUAGACAAAUAUUGACAAAGUAAAACGAUAAACGUUAUAAACUGAAUUGAUUAACAUUACAAAUAAGAUUCAAAAACAUUACAAACUAUACUGACAAACAGCACAAACCGGCCAACGUCACCACUCUCUCCCUCUGGGCCAAGAUCAGGUGACUAAGGAGGUCCCCUUAGUCAUGUGACUAAGUGAAUCUCAGCCCUUCAAGUUCAUUUAAAUCUGAUGGUUGAUAUUAAUCUACUUUAAUGAAGGGUAUUGUAAUAAUUGCAGGACUUUUUAAAAUUUUAAUUAUUAAAUAAUUUAUUAUAUUUCUUUACCACGUUCUCCCACCUCCAUCGCCAAGAAAUUUGCAGAGCCGAGUUCCCCUGUCGCCGGUCGGAAUUUCCGGCAGGCGGCGUCCCAUUUGAGCGGGCCGCCAAUGGACUUGGACGUGGGGGAUUUCCUCCUUUUUGCUGAGAGAGAGAGAGAGAGAGAGAGAGAGAGAGAGAGAGAGAGAGAGAGAGAUUUUCCGGCCCGUUUCUGGGAAUUCUCCCGCCGGCGGGAGGUAGACUUUUUGGUGGCCGGAAACUUUCCCGGCGUCUCCCGCCUCUCCCGGUCGUCGGCAUAUUCCAAAAAUAUUCUGCAACUUUAACGGAAUGAACUUAGUAUUAAACUUAAGUGGUACCGCGUGCACAAAUAAUAGAGUUCAGUGGUACCUGAUGCCCUAUUCAAACUUAAGUGGUAUGUCUACCCUAAUUCUCAAAAUUAAGUCGCACGCGAUGUAUUUUACCCUCGUUUUGCUUGUGCGAUUUGGGUGUUAUAUUUUACACCCAAAUCAAUUUUUUUUUUUUUUAUAGGACCAAAUCUAGGUCUAUUAGUUGUGUUCCAUGCGUUCUUUGUUCUGUUUUGGGUUCCCCCGUGUUGGGCUGGUCAUGGUUGAAUUGGGCUUUCCAAUUCCAGGUGCUUGUUUCCUUUCCUUCCAGAGAUGUAUUUCCUGGUCCGGCUAUGUAUCGGAUUCGGUUGACACGACAGGUCCUUGUAUUUCUUACGAUGAAAGCCGGCUUUGUCGAAGAGGAAAACCUACGAGUUGCAGAUUUCUUCCGGUCCGGGCUUCUCCGUUGUAAUCCCAGCCGCAGCCUACCAGCGAAUCCUUCCUCCUCCCUCGCCGGCGUCAUCUUGCUUCAAUCUACGCCAUGGCGAUCGAAAACUGCAUCUCGGAUUGGGAUCGGCCGCUGAACGACCUCCGUCGCCGUGCCGUAAAACGACCACGAAUCAGCUCAAAAGCAGAUCUUCCUCCCAUGACGAUGAAGAAACUUGGAUUGGAUCUCCUAGAAGAUAUUCUUAUUGGCCUCCCCAAUCCUAGAUCAGCCUGUCGUUGUAAACUCGUCUGCAAGCAGUGGGUCUCCCUGAUCUCCAGUCCUCGCUUCAACCGCCGCUUUGUUUCUCACCACCAGAGCAUGAACCACCCACCUAUUCCGGACGAUCCCUCCGAGCUGCAAUCUAUCAUCUUGAGCUUUCUCCCCCCCAUGCCUUGUACGGUUCGAGACGAUUUUAGAGUAUUGGAUUGCAACAAGGACUUGGUUUUGUGCGGGUCUUGGGAUGCAGAUCUCAGCAUUUGUGACAGCGAAAGUGCCAGAUCGUACUUGGUCUGCAAUCCAUUUACUAAGGAGUGGAUUGCUCUUCCUUUAGCGCCGAGGAAGGAUGUGUAUUAUUAUGCACCGAUGCCCAGGUUAGUUUGUGAACCCCGUAUGUCCACUAAGCUUGAUCUAGGAGAUGGCGAAACAUUUGUUUAUUCCGAGUAUCGCUUCCGGGUGGUUUGUAUGUAUCAAGUUGCUGAACCAAACACGGCCACAAAGCUAGACGUGUUUUGUUCGGAGUCUGGAGAAUGGACCAAGGAAGCUCUUGUCUGUGAUGAUCAAUUAAGAAUUACAUCAAGAAGUUUAGUUUCCUGCAAUGGGGAGUUGUUUUGGCAGUAUAUUAAAGGGAAAAGGGAGUUUCCUAUGUUCGUGGCUGUGUAUAAUCCUUUCCGCCCUGAUAUUCCUCCCAAGCCCAUUGACAUUUCUGCAUUCCUUGUGAAGCCACGAUGGUAUAUUUCCGGUUCACAAGGUGCGUUGCACAUAAUUGCUAUAGAAAAUGAAACGGUACCUGUUCAUUUGACCAUUUGGCGACUGGAAGAAGACCAGAAAUCUUGGAGGAAACAAUGUGAGGGGUUGGUGAACAAGUCAUCAAAGUGUGGUAACUAUGAAGUUCUGGCUUGUCUUACACCUUUUCUUCAUCCAGAUCAGCCGGAAAUUGUCUUCUUCAAUCGGGUGUUUCUAGGCUAUAAUAAAGCAAUGUUGCGCUGCGAUUUGAGAAGUGAAGAGGUAGAGUUCUUCGCUAAAUUGAGGGGGUGGUAUGAUAUCUGUCACUUUCAGGUGUUCCAGCCUAGGGUUCCUUGUUGGCCUACUCCAAUUCCAAGGUAUGAGAAGUUGCAAGGCAUGCACGAUGGAAGCUACAACUUUUGGGUUCAGAGCAGCAGCGAAGCAAAACUUCAAUCCCUCCCCCCCUCCCUCAAUAUUUGGUAGCUGCUAUUGCCUGUAAAUUUCCCCCCCCCCCCCCCCCCCCUGCUUUUUCAAGUAUGUUAAGUUUAGGAAGUUACCAGUGAUAAAAGGAAAAAAAGUUUUCCUCGGGGAAAAAUGACAUGAUACAACCUUUAAUCCUUCAACAGGAUGAAGAUUGCAGUUUUGAGUGUGUUAACUAACUACUUCAUGAUCAUGCAAUACAUAUUAAGUAGCAAAUACUUACAUCUCUUGUUAACUGAUUGCUUACCGACUUAAUGUUUGGGGUUUGUUUUUUCUUUCAGCAUGGAUGAUGUGAAGAACUCCGCCUAUAUCGAACAUCACAAUGCAGAGGCAACUCUGCACACGGUCGCAGAAAUUAUUCAGUGUAGGAAGAACAAAAUCGGUGAGAUUGUUUUAAGAGAGAGGCAGCAGCCUGGUUUUCCAUUGGACAAGUGAAAGAACCCUCUUGUUAAGGAUUCUAGGAACUGAUUUUCGGCACCCGUAAUUAUUGUAACAAUUAGGGAUUUAGAUGAGAAUUGGGGAUUAGGGAUUGAAGAACAGAAUUGGGGUUGAGAUAGAAGAAUGGCCGACGGCCUUUAGGGAAGAGAGGGACAAGAUUUGAGAAGGAUUAGAGAUUAGGGUUUGAGAGAUACUUUCUGUAAUAUUAUUCUUGACUGAUUAUGACGUAAACCCAAAGUACAUAUAUAUAGGAAAUACUGAAAAACCCUAACGAAUAAUCUAAUUGGACUAAAUCUCUACUAACCAUAAUAAUAAUUAUCCUAUUGA